AUUCUCAAGCUCAAGUAAAUAAUCCAUAUAUGGACACACAAACACAAUUCGACCAACUAUGGUCAGGUCUAAUUAAAUUUGAUUGGAACGAUGGAUUAAUGGAAUUUGAACCAAAUUCAAAUUUGUCUAAAUUCAAAUCAAAAAAUUUU